AUGUCGUCCAGAAUUCCAGAGAUUUGCAAGAAUCGUGUGAGCGAUCAGGCAAAGAAGACAUUGGACAUCGUGGCCAAAUUUGUGGAAGAGGAAUGCAUCCCAGCUGAUCCAGUCCUCGAGGCCCAGGUGGGCUCUGGGAACGCGAGAUGGGACCACUACCCAACCAUUAUUGACGAGCUCAAGCAAAAGGCUCGUGCCCUUGGGCUUUGGAACAUGUUCCUGCCCAAGGGCCACUACAAGGAGUCCCCAGGUUUCACAAACCUCGAGUACGGCCUCAUGGCAGAGUGGCUCGGCAAGUCCAAGUCUGCAUCCGAGGCAGUCAACUGCGCUGCUCCCGACACGGGCAACAUGGAGGUGCUGGCCAAGUACGGCAAUGACGCGCAGAAAGCACAGUGGCUGAAGCCUUUGCUCGAGGGCCAAAUUCGAUCUGCCUUCCUGAUGACCGAGCCCCAGGUAGCCUCGAGUGAUGCUACUAAUAUUGAGCUUGACAUCCGCAAGGAGGGGAACGAGUAUGUCCUGAACGGCCAGAAAUGGUGGUCCAGUGGCGCAGGAGACCCUAGGUGCCAGAUCUACAUUGUCAUGGGCAAGUCCGAUCCUCACAAUAAGGACCCCUACCGUCAGCAGUCUGUGGUCCUCGUGCCAGCAGACACCAAGGGCAUCACUAUCCACCGGAUGUUGAACGUGUACGGAUAUGACGAUGCGCCCCACGGCCACGGGCAUAUCUCAUUCAAGGACGUCCGCGUCCCGGUGAGCAGCCUCGUGUUAGGCGAGGGCCGCGGCUUCGAAAUCAUACAGGGCAGACUGGGCCCAGGCCGUAUCCACCAUGCUAUGCGUACCAUUGGCGCGGCGGAGAAAGCUCUUGAGUGGAUGUUGAUGCGCAUUAAUGACCCCAAGAAGACCCCGUUCAAGAAGCAGCUGCGCGAGCACGGCGUGAUCCUCGAGUGGGUGGCCAAGUCCCGGCUCGAGAUCGACGCUGCCCGCCUCGUCGUGCUCAACGCGGCUAUCACCAUGGACGACCACGGGCCAAAGGCGGCCCUGAGGGAGAUUGCCGAGGCCAAGGUCCUCGUCCCGCAGAUGGCCCUGACGGUGAUCGACCGCGCAGUGCAGUCGUUUGGCGGUGCCGGUGUCAGCCAGGACACGCCGCUGGCAUCCAUGUGGGCAAACAUCCGGACGCUGCGGCUUGCGGACGGACCGGACGAGGUGCAUCUCCAGCAGAUGGGUAGGAAUGAAAACAAGAGGGGCAAGGAGGUCACGGCCAAGAUCGAGGCGCAGAAGAGGAAGUCGGAGGAGCUGCUGAAGAGGUAUGGGUUGAAGCAUGCGCAGCCGGGCCAGAACAUCCAGAGAUCUAAGUUGUAG